AUGAUUCCUUCGUUGUAUCGUCUAGCAAUGAAGACAUGUGUCAAAGGUAUGGUGAAUCGCUCGAAGAAAGCUGCUGCCCGGGCCAACAACAAGCUGCACAAUCUACCGGCCAGCGUACUGAUGGAAAUUAUCGAGGAGAUGUCACCUUAUUCGGUGUUGAGUAGAACUCUUCAUCGGGAACUGUCCGAUCCAGAUUUGUUCAUUAGACUGUUCAUGGCCAACGGCACAAUUCGUAUGAGAUUGGAGAGAUGUUUGGCCGAAGCAAGUCUGAUAGGAAAGUCAGUACUUCCUGAUGUCGUUAGGAAUUGGUGCAAAGUAAUGGGCAGUGAUACAUCGGUCAGAUCAGUUUCUCUGCAAUAUACCCAGGGUGUGCUGGAGCUCGGUACAUAUCUACACGAGGGUGGUUGGGCUCAUCAAAGUGUUAAAGUGCUCCGCAUUGCUUUGCGAAUGAUUCCGAAGGAUAAUCCAUCUUUAAAGAUUGAAUGUGUUCAAAAAAUUCUUCGAGCUGAAGGAAGCGCCCUCUUAAGAGCGAAAGCUGAUGUGACUUGUAACAAAUUGUUAGCAAUGAUCGCAGACAACGCAGAAGAUGAAGUUCGCCUGAAAGUGUUCUUGGAAGUGGCGAACCACCAUUAUAAGGCCCAGCGCUACGAAGAAAGCGAUCGCUGGACUUUGAAGGCUCUGGAGCUGAUCUCCGAAACGACUAAAGCCGAAAUAAUCAUCGAAUUCUUGCAACUGAAGGCGCUUUAUCUCUUCCGUACAAGACACAAUGAUACUGCAAACUUGGUCAUCAGGCAAGCCAUCUACCGUGCUCGACAAACCUUCGGACAUCAUCAUCGACGUUACGCUGAUACGUUGUAUACUUAUGGUGUUAGUUUGCUGAGAACCAAUUGCUGCUGGAACGCCAUACAAAUUCUACUAGAGCUGCUCGGAAUCAUAACCUCAUUGUAUGGGAAAUUCACGCCACAUGUGGAAGACAUCGAAAGUUAUUUGGCGUUUGGGUUCAAUCGUCUGUCACAAGCUACUGGAAGAAUAGGUCCCAACCAAAACCGCAUUCAUAAUACGAUUAGACUGGCAGAAACAAUCAUGCGAUAUCGCGGCUUGGCCUGCCACUUCGGAGCGGUUAGAACAAUGAUCAUAAGAGGCCGGGAUGAUUUUUUGGAUGCGUCGGACAAGAACCGGAUCGCCGGAGUGAAUGAUAACGAAAUUCUUCCCGUCGAGGAAAUCAAACAACUGUGCUUUCAAUUGAGUGAGAAUUUUUCAUUAGGCGAACCUAGUAGAAAGUGA